AUGGGGUCCCUCCCCCGCGCCGCGGUCUUUGCCGUGGCCCUCCUCCUCCUCGCCUCCUCUGGCGAGGCGUUCUUCGACCUUUUCAACAUCUUCCGUCCGCGCUCCGAGAGCGACUACUUUCGGAACGCCUUCGACGGCGCGCAGGAGCAGAUGGUUCCCGAGCAGACGGAGCAGGAGGAGCAGGGCGCCGCGCCGGCCACGGCCACAGGCCUCACCAGAGUGCCGCCCUCGGGACCGCCCACCAAGGCCGCCCAGGACACAGUCAAUCUCGCCGUGGACGACAGAGCCGGGCCCGCCGGUGCGUGGACCAUCGUCAGCGAGAACUCCGGCGUGUCGGCCAUGCACCUGGCGGUCAUGCGCCAUGGCAAGGCCAUCAUGUUUGACACCAGCACCACCGGCCGGUCUCUCAUGCGGCUGCCCCAGGACAACUGCCGCAUCGACCCGCGUGCCAAGCAGCAGGGCACCAUGGACUGCUGGGCGCACGCCGUCGAGUUCGACUACAACACCGGCGGACUCCGCUCUCUCAAGAUCCAGACGGAUACUUGGUGCUCGUCGGGCGCGUUCGACGCGGACGGCAACCUGGUGCAAACCGGCGGCUACUUCGAGGGCGAGAAGGCCGUCAGGUAUCUCAGCCCGUGCGACACCUGUGACUGGUUGGAACAUCCCAACAGCUUCGCAGAGGGGAGAUGGUACGCGACGCAGCAUGUGCUCCCGGACGGCCGGUUCAUCGUGUUCGGCGGCCGGCGCGCCUUCAGCUACGAGUUCGUCCCAGCGCCGGGGCAGACGAACGACAAGGCCGUCCCCAUGCCACUCCUCCGCGAGACCACCGACGACGUGGAAAACAACCUGUACCCGUUCGUGAACCUCCUCCCCGACGGCAACUUGUUCGUCUUCGCCAACGACCGCUCAGUCAUCUUCGACCCCAGGACCGGCAAGGUCGUGCGCGAGCUCCCCAAGCUCGCUGGCGGGGGGCGCAACUACCCCGCGUCAGCCAUGUCCGCGCUCCUCCCGCUCGACCUCCGCAACGCCAGCGGCGACCCCGAACCGGAGGUCAUCAUCUGCGGCGGGGCGCUCAAGACGGCCUUGAAGCUCGGAGAGAACAACACGUUCCAGCCCGCGCUCCGGGACUGCGCCCGCAUCAACCUGGCCAGGCCCGACGCGCAAUGGGAGACCGAGGACAUGCCCGUGGGUCGCGUCAUGGGUGACAUGCUGAUCCUUCCCACCGGGGACCUGCUUCUGCUGAACGGCGCUGCCAAGGGCUGCUCCGGCUGGGGCUUCGCGCGGCAGCCGAUCCUAACCCCGGUCCUGUACUCGCCGCAGCAGCCGCAGGGGUCGCGGUUCCGGCCGCUGGCCGCGUCGACCAUCGCGCGCAUGUACCAUUCCACCAGCGCAGUGCUGCCCGACGCCACCGUGCUCGUGGCCGGCGGCAACACGAACACGGCCUACAACUUCAGCGGCGUCGACUUCCCGACCGAGGUGCGCGUCGAGCGGUUCGCACCGCCGUACCUCAGCGAGGAGCUCGACGCCAACCGCCCGGAGAUCGACGCGGCGUCGGUGCCCGCGGACGGGAUGCGGUACGGCGCCCCGUUCACGUUCCGGUUCUCCACGCCCUCCGAGGCCGUGGGCGAGGCCGACGUGAAGGUCACCAUGUACGCGCCGCCGUUCACCACGCACGGGUACUCCAUGAACCAGCGGCUGCUGAUCCUGCCCAUCACCGGGUUCGCGGACGAGGGGCGGAGCUUCGCGGUCACCGUCGACGCGCCCGCGAAGCCGGAGCUGGCGCCACCGGGGUACUACCUGGUGUUCGUGGUGGCGAAGGACGUGCCUAGCAUCGCUGCAUGGGUGAAGAUUCAAUGAAGUUGAUCGUUGGGAUUUGCGGUGUGCGUCGCUGUGGGAUCGUGUACGGAAGUGGAGCGCGGUUAAUCCGUGUAAUCUUGUUGAUUUUGUUCGGCUAAUCCGAUUGGUAUUUGCCUUUGCGUUUUGUCUGGUUUUACGUAGGGAUCUACAUGGAAUCAGAUUACCGGCUGUGCUAUGUGUUUUGGUAUAGGACUGUGCUCUCACUGAACCAGUCAGAGUUUAAGUCCUGUCACCUUCUUAAGAUAAACCGGGG